GUUGUCCCUUUCAUUAUACCUGGGAAGAGAAGAGAGUUUGUUUUAACUGUAGCGUUUCUCUUAUAAGGUAGUUGCCCCAGGAGCUCGAGUCUGUCAACAGCUGUGUGUGUGUGUGUGUGUGUGUGUGUGUGCCCCUCCCACCCUAUUUACGUGAAGGCCUCUGUUCAUUAUUUGGUGCUGAUCCGCUCAGGAGCUGCUGCCCGCCAGGGAGAGACGCAUUGGGAGCCACCGCGCACAAACGCACCGUCAGAAAAUGUCUGUGGAGAAAGUAUUCGACGAGCUCGGACAUUUCAAAAGAUUUCAGGCAUGUCUGUACUUUGCAGCAGUCUUCCAGGCCAUAGCUUGUGGAAUCCACUACCUGGCCUCAGUUUUUUUGGUGGAAACUCCAAAUUUUGUGUCUAGUGUGCCCGGCAACAUCACCGACGUUCUGUAUGGUAACGUGACGGCAAGCAGCCUGGAAGAAAUCUUGCCAGUCUUUAAAUCAGGUAGCGGACCACUGGUGGUGAAGACAGCAGAAGGAGAACAGUGGGAGCUAAGCCGGUGCCGCUGCACUCUUCGCAUCAACCCAAGACACUUUUCGUAUGACUUCGAUGGCAACAAAACAGUGAAAGAAUGUACGGGGAACUUUGUUUAUGACCAUACCGAAGUUUACCAAAGCAUUGUGACCGACUGGGACUUGGUAUGUGAUAAAGAGUGGCUGGCCAAGCUGUGCCAGCCCACAUUCAUGCUCGGAGUGCUGAUUGGAGCGCUGGUGUUUGGGGACGUUGCUGACAGAAUUGGCCGUGUAAAGAUUCUGAUGCUCACCAGCGUUUGUCAGUUCGGGUUCGGAGUAGCUGUAGCAUUCUCCGGAAACUACUAUUUCUUUGUGGUGCUCCGCUUUCUCCUUGCUAUGGUGUCUAGUGGCUAUCUGGUGGUGGUCUUUGUCUAUGUAACAGAGUUCACUGGCAACAAGGUACGCACAUGGACAUCGAUGCAUGUGCAUGCAGCCUUUGCUGUUGGCGUCAUGAUGGUGGCUCUGACUGGUUACCUGGUGCGGGUGUGGUGGAUCUACCAGAUAGUCCUCUCCAUAUGCACCGCACCUUUCUUGCUCUUUUGCUGGAAGUUUCCCGAGACCCCCUUUUACUUGAUGGCCAAGGGCCGCUUUGAGGAAACUGAGAAACUGCUGAAUGUGAUUGCCCACGUCAACGGCCUUGAAUGCAGGCUGAAAGCUGAGGAUCUCCUGGAGCCAGGGAAGAGGGAAGAUGGCAAAAGUCUGCUGAAGGGAGACACAGAGGAGCAGUCAUCCAAGCCUGAGAAGAAGCUGACCAUCGUGGACCUGUUUGGCAGCUGGAGGAUGGCCGGUCGUACAUGCACAGUGUGGGCCAUCUGGUUCAUCGGCAGCCUGGGCUACUACGUCUCCUCUCUGGGCUCAGUAAAUCUGGGAGGAAACCAGUAUGUUAACCUCUUCCUUGCCGGUGCAGUGGAGCUCCCCUCUUAUCUGGUUGGCUGUUUUGCAAUGGAUCGGAUUGGAAGGAAGAAGACGUGUGCCCCAUCUCUGCUCCUGGCCGCGCUCGCCUGUUUUCUCAUCAUUGUGGUACCUGCUGACAUAGAGAUCCUAAUUAUUGUUCUGAGUAUGAUAGGAAAGUUUGCUAUUGCGAUUGCCUUUGGUCUCAUCUACCUCUACACCUGCGAGCUUUACCCGACUAUCAUCAGGUCUUUGGCAGUAGGUAGUGGCAGUAUGAUGUGCCGUGUUGGCAGUGUGGUGGCCCCUUUCUGUGUCUACCUGGCUGACAUCUGGAUCUACCUACCUCAGCUUAUUGUGGGAAUCCUGGCAUUAAUUUUUGGAGUACUCGCACUGUUUCUGCCUGAGACCCUUGGCAAACCUCUGACAACCACCUUGGAAGAGGCUGAAUCUCUGGGACGUAAGCCCAGCAAGAUGAACGACAGACUGGAGCUGAACCAGCAUGGAGCAAAAGCUUGAGCCGUACACUUCAGGGAACACACAAGGAGACAAGCUGUGGAAGAGAGACGAGGUGACAACAGUUAAAUACCUGGAAACAAAAACGACAUAGAUUAAUAGGAUGGUUGGAAAAAAGUGAAAAACAAGAAAAGAUAACAGGUUUUUAUGACAACUUGUAAAGUGACUUUUUUGUUGACAUUUUGUUCUGCAAAGUGACCGACAGCUUGAUAUUUUAGGAGGCCUGAGAACUUCCUCACACUCUUCUGCUCUAUGAUGUAAUCGUCACAAAACAAUGAAAAUCAUGUGCCAUGUGUGGUAAUUUGUGAUAGCAUACUUUGAGUCUUUUUUUGUAGUUUCGAUCAUAAUUUCUAUUACUGAUUUUAACUUUGUACUUAAAAAAAUGUUCAAAAUUUGCUUGGAACACAGCUACAAAAAAGACAGACAGGACAGACAAUGGAAAGACUUUAUUUAUUUUUAAAUUAAAUUAAUAUUUUGUAGUUAUAGACAGAACAAAAGCAGAUUUUUAUGUAAGGUCGUCAGGUGUUUCUUGCCCUGUUGGGCUUCUUUUAAGCAGUGUUUCAGCGUUUAUACUCCUGUUCUUACCACAGUGUUAAUAUUACUGACAAGGAGUGACCAAAACUAUAAAAAUCAGACUCCAGCUGUAUUGAACCAAGUUAUCCUUUAAAACAAAGUUAUCAAGGCUCAACUGCUGCACAUUUUUCAUGUCUCCGAGCAUCUGCACAGAUCAUGGCAGUGCCUUGGUUAUUUUAUAUCAUAAUAAAUCGUAUGUCAUGUAUCAAAAUGCUAGAAUGUAUUAUUCUAAUAUUAAAUAAGUGCCUUCAACUUGCCUUUUAAGGCUUUCUUUUAAUCUCAGGACAUCAGUUUUGCUGUAAAUCUAUCACUGGAUUUAUCCUCAAUUGCCUCUUGUUAAAGAUCAAAUAUUUAAAGGUAACAAAAGAGCCAAGUUUUGCACACAAUUGUUAGAGCUUUAUUAGGUCUUAUCAUUAUUAUUAUUAUUAUUAUCAUUAGGACCUUUAUUAAAGGUUUAUUCACGAUGAAGUUCUAAUUACCCAUAAACAUUAUGGCGAGCACAAAGACAGUGUGCAGGAGUUUUUUAAUUGCUCUUCUUGUCUAAGAUGAGCAAUUAAAUUUUUUUUAUAUAUGCUUAUAUGCAAUCAGAUGCUAGGCAGAUUGAGAAAAGAAGCAUAAUAGUACCAUAUAGAGUCUUCAAGAGUCAUAUAUAAUCUCCAGAUGUUUGGACCAAAUACAGGGAUGGACCACAACACUGUGGAGAUGUACUGUAUAUACCUGAUUUACAAUAUUAUGUUACGGUUAUGGUGCAUUAAUCCAAAGGAGAAAAAGAACAGCAGCUGGUGUUCUAAAACUGGUGACUGGUCUGCAAUCAACAGUAUGGACUUUUCCAUUUAUAGCAUCCUCGUCUUAUUUUGAUUUACAAUAAAUAUGCAGAGGGUUGACACUGGGGUUUAUGGCUUCUUCAUCCUGUUCAUAUGAACUGGCUUUAGUUAGCACAGUUUUACAGUGAUACAGAGAAGAGACUUUAUAAACCUUGGUAAAGGAGCAAGCACAUUCCUUCCAUUUGUCAAUAGGGGAAGUUUGAACUUGGUGCUGGAAAUGCAAAAUAAUACAGCAGGUCUGAGGAUACGGUGCCUAUAUACAUUAACAGCUUUGUGUUUGAUGGUGAAGGGGAAGUCCCACAGCCACAGUGACAUUCCCAUCGCCAUUACCGAAUACAUAAAGGUCCUCUGUGUUCAACUUUUCAGGAGAAAACUACCACUUUUUAUGUGUGUGUGCUUAUGUGUAUGGAAAAGUACUAAACAUGAGUUAGGCUUCUAACGUGAACUUCCAGUUCUGUCGUGAUACUGGUGCCUCAAAUAGAGUGGGGGCUAUUACUGGGCUAAAUGGAGCGAGUAAGGAUGUAAGGAUUGGAAUGAAGGUUAAGAUAACUUUAGGGUUAGGUGCAGUAAGGUACAGUAAAAACAGAGUUCCAGAGUAGCAAUAGCUCUACUGAAAUAAGAACACGAGGCCAGUUACAGUAAACUCGUUAGGUGCGUAUUAUGCCUUCCUUGCUUUCUGAGAAUUGCUACCGAUUGGCCUCAUUUUUGGUUAUUUUAGAUUCAUGCACACACAGUCUUGUUUUCAAAUCAGAGGAUCUUGCUUUGGCUGAUAAUCAUUUCCUGGAGAGUCAUCCAUAUAAUAGCUGCUUAUUCCCAGACCAUAACCUAAAGCUAACCUUUUCCUUAACCUUAAAGCGAGGCUUCAACUUAAAAUUGCUUAAAGGGAGAGGAGUACUCGUAAUGUGACUGUGUAAACAGAUUUAUGUCCUCACAGCAUGCAUGCACACGGACACUCUGCUUUUUCUUCACUGUUGUUAUCAGUCUGCUUCAUGCAAGUGAUUAUUUCCUGUUGUUGACGAUGUGCAAAAAUUCUGAAAAUGUAACGAAUGUUUGUGGAAAUUUACAAAAACAUUUUGUCACUCAAAUUUUUCAAGAUUUAAAUAAAAAACAUUUGAGUA